CAGCUUCCAGACUUACAAAGAAGUAGAAGAAGAAGAAGAACGAGAGGAGGAUGUAUCUCUAAAGAAAUACAAAGUUUCUUCAUCUCUACGGACAACUUCUAGAAAUCCCACAUCCAUCAGACGCUAAAUGUGCUAAAUGUGAGAGUAUGGCAUCCAGCAGCUGUGACACUCUCCAAUUAAACACUGUUGAACCAACACAAAAUGACACGGAUAAUAAAAUUCUCCAAUGCUCAGAAUGUGGAAAGGGUUUUAAUUCACAAAUCGGUCUGAAAAACCAUGAGUUCCUUCACACAGGAGAGAAGCCAUAUAUGUGCUCGUGGUGUGGAAAAAGUUUUGCCCACCGAAACAGCUUUAAAAGACACCAGCGUGUUCACACCGGUGAGAGGCCAUACGACUGCUCAGAGUGUGGGAAGAGUUUCCGAUACCUAAAUCACUUUCAGUCUCACCAGCGCCUUCACGCAGGAGAUAAACCAUAUUCCUGUUUAGACUGUGGGAAGAGAUUUAACACUCAGAAUAAUCUUCAAACACACCAGCGCGUUCACACUGGAGAGAAACCGUAUUAUUGCUCAGAGUGUGGGAUGAGUUUUUCUCAGCACAACAGCCUCAAAAUCCACCAGCUCCUUCACACAGGGGAGAAGCCGUUCUCCUGCUCAGAGUGUGGGAAGAGUUUUACGAGAAAGUACGUUCUGGAAAGACACCAGCGCGUUCACACUGGAGAAAAGCCGUACGACUGUUCAGAGUGCGGGAAGAGUUUCGCUGAGUUGAGUAACUUCCAAGCGCACCAGCGCCUUCAUGCAGGAGAGAAGCCGUAUUUCUGCUCAGAGUGCGGAAAGAGAUUCAACACUCAGAAUCAUCUCCAAACUCACUUGCGCGUUCACACUGGAGAGAAACCAUAUUCUUGCUCAGAGUGCGGAAAAAGCUUCGCUCAGCCUGUAAAUCUAAGAAAUCACCAGCGAAUUCACACUGGAGAGAAACCGUUCUCCUGCUCAGACUGUGGGAGAUGUUUCAAUAGCCAGAGUAACCUCAUACAGCAUCAGCGCAUUCACACUGGAGAGAAAUAUAUCUGCUCAGAGUGUGGGAGAAGCUUUACUCUACCUAGUAAUCUCAGAAAGCACCAGCGCCUUCACACAGGAGAUAAACCUUUCUGCUGCUCAGAGUGCGGGAAGAGCUUUCGCCAGCACUGUCAACUCCAAGCACACCAGAGAAUUCACAAAGAAAAGACUCAUACCUGCUCAGAGUGUGGGAAAAGCUUCAGGCAGAUAAGCUCUAUUGAAACACACAAAUGCAAUGGAAAUCUUAAUCAUGUUACCAUGUAUGAAGGUAUGGCAUCGAGCAGCUGUGACUCUCUCCAACCAAUCGCUGUUCAACAAACUCAGAACGAUAUAAAGAGGAAGAUGUUCCUCUGCUCAGAGUGCGGCAGGAGUUUUACCUCAAAUACAGGCCUGAAAAACCACCAGAUCCUUCACACCGGAGAGAAGCCGUACAGCUGCUCAGAGUGCGGGAAGAGCUUUGCUCAUCGUAACAGCUUCGUAAAACACGAGCGUGUUCACACUGGAGAGAGACCAUACAGCUGCUCAGAGUGCGGGAAGACUUUCCGUUAUCUGAGUAAUCUCCAAGCGCACCAGCGCCUUCACGUAGGAGAUAAGCCGUAUUCCUGCUCAGAGUGUGGGAAGAGUUUCAGUACUCAGAGUCAACUACUGACACAUCUUCGCGUUCACAGUGGAGAGAAACCGUAUUACUGCUCAGAGUGCGGGAAGAGCUUUGUGCAACUCGUCCAUCUCAGAAACCACCAGCGAAUUCAUACUGGAGAGAAACCGUUCUCCUGCUCAGACUGCGGAAAGAGCUUUAACAACCGAGGAACUCUCCAAACUCAUCAGCGCAUUCACUCAGGAGAGCGAUAUGUCUGCUCAGAGUGUGGGAGGAGCUUCACUGUAGCAGGUAAUCUCAGAACUCACCAGCGUCUUCAUACAGGAGAUAAACCGUACUGCUGCUCAGAGUGCGGGAAGAACUUCAGCCAGCUCAGCGCUAUUAAGAGACAUAAAUGCCGCGGGAACCGGAAUGAGCUCACUUUGUAAAAAGCAUAAUUUUGUUGUAAUAUUCAAUGUACUGUACUUACUAUUCUAUUUAUUGAAGCUUUUAAUAUUCUAAAGCCCCAUCUGAAUGGGAUUAGUUUCUCAGGGGUAAUUUCUGGGAUAAUUCUCUCUUUUAUGGGGGUCCUCUGUGAUUUUAUUCCAGUCCAGAACAACCAUAGAGAGAUUAGUUUCUCAGGGGGACGUCUGUGAAAAAUAUUUCACACUUCUACUCAGUGAUAAAACUCCUGCAUCUGGACUGCAAUUGAAAGAACAGGAGGUAUCAGUGAGUUUUUUUUUUUUUUUGCUUUCUCAGUCACAUGACAGUAGCUCCUCCAUUUCCACUUGCUGUUGUGUUUUUACGUGGAUCUCCGUGAAAAUGUGCGCCCAAAGUGUAAUUACGGUGUGCGCCAGUUGACAAAUAGCUACAGUAUUUUAUUAAACAUGAGGUUAUGAAAAUCAGAUGUGCAUCCGGACGGGACUAAAAUUAUUUGAGGAGCACGGAGUUCAGAGAAAAAAACAUUAGAUAAUUCAGCCUGUCUGAGAAAAAUAGGACGUCUGAGAAAAAUACAUACAUGGUCAAUCUGGACAGGAAUAAAAUCACAGAGGACACCCAUAAAAGAGAAAAGAGAGAAAAUUAGCCCAGAAAUGACCCCCUGAGAAACUAAUCCCAUCCACAGAGGGCUCAUGUAUAUGUUUCUCUCAGAUGUCCUCUAAGAAAUUUACAGGCUACUACUGUCUUUCUCUGAACUCCGUGGUCCUUUUAUUUUCAUCCUGUCCGGACACACAUCUCUGAGUUUCGUCUCCUCACGUUUAAUAAAAUAUCUAUUUAUCCACUGCCGCUCACCGUAAUUACACUUUGGGCUCCUGUUUCCACGGAGAUCCACGUAAAAACACAACAGUGAGUGGAAAUGGAGGAGCUACUGAACGCCGCAAUGUCACGUGACCAAGAAAGCAAAAAAAAAAAAAACCUCACUGGUCCUCCUGUUUUUUUUUUUCAAUUGCAGUCCGGAUGCAAAAGUUUUAUCACUGAGUAAAAGUGUGAAAUAUUUUUUUACAGACUUCCCCGGCAGGGUUCGUACAGUCAUGAAAAACCUGGAAAAUUCAUGGAAUACGAAAAUAUAACUUUCCAGGCCUGGAUAAGUUUUGGAAAAAUAAAAAUACGUCGAAAGUUUUAGAAAAGUCAUGGAAAUUUGCUCUAUAAAUCUUUGUAUUUUCAUCUAUCGAUAGAGAAAAUCUAUUUUGAGCUAAACAAAAAAAUACGUCAACUUAGAGUUAAUUGAGUAAUUUAAGGUUUUUAAUUAUAGUUUUAGUUGAUUUUUGGUUUUAUUUUCCAUGUCUGCACUGAUGUUUUAAAAAUCCAAUUAAAAACAUGAAAAUUUGCCUUAAAGGCAUGGAAAAGUCAUGAAAAAUCAUGGAAAUUUAUUGUAUGAACCCUGCCCUGAGAAACUAAUCCCAUCCGGAUAGGGCUUAAGAUUUUGCCUGUAAUUUUAUGCCUGUAUGUUUGAUUAUUGUACACUACCAUAUUGCCAAAAGUAUUCAAAAGUCCAAUGUCUAAUCAGUAGGGUUUAAUAUUAUGACCACAAAGCAUUUGCAGCUAUAGCAGCUUCAACUCUUAGGUUUAUGGGACUUUUUGACCAUUCUUUGAAAAGCUGAUGUUGUAAUAAUAAAGGCCUGGCUCAUAGUCUCUGCUCUAAAGCUCA